GGUCGUGUUCCACUAAGUCCGCUGGCUUCGACACAACAGCAGCAGCAGCAGCAGCAGCACGUCACUCCGCCGCACGAAAAACCUCCAUCACAUAAGUUAAACUCCCCGCUGCUGCUCUGCACGUCACACCCGACAACAAGGCACAAACGGACCCAAGGUUCUACUUCGCGACGCGCGUGGCUGAUAUAUAGGUGGAGGUUCCGAGCAGCUGGCACCAGUAACUCCGGGACCAUGAAGAUUGUCAUAGCGUUGAUAUUGACUUUGCUCUCCGUGGCGACUGCCCAGAAUAAUGACUGCACAGAUGGUUUUCAACAAGUGGGAUCUGCCUGCUACAUGAUUCCUAGCGAAUCUCAUGGAUGGUACGAGGCCAUGCAUCACUGCAAAUCACUAACCCCAUCCAACGGUAAGAUGGCGGCGUUGGCGCGAGUGGAAACAUGCACCCAGCUUCAUUCAGUUUGGGAGUUCAUCAAUAAAGAGGGAU